UAGAAUUAUAUGUGCUUAUUUGUGGACCGGAUACCUGAAAAUGAAAUUUAUGUAUUUCAUGUUCACAACAAAAAACGUGCCAGCCACAUUAUGAGAUAAUCGUACAUCUAUAUUUGACCCUUCAGAUCGUCCGUAUAAAUAAUUAGAACAAAGAACACUAACAGUUAUGGCUAACACGAGGGACAAAAUUAUGGCUAAAAUAGCCGACAAGAAAGUAAUGAUGUUUUCUAAGACUUAUUGUCCGUUCUGUACAAUGGCGAAGGAUGUACUAAAGAACUAUAAUCUAGGAGCUGACGAGUAUGAAGUGUGGGAGAUAGAAAAUGAAGCGAAUUGUUCAGAAAUUCAGUCUGUUCUACGCGAAAUAACAGGGGCACAAACGGUACCACGCGUGUUCAUCAACGGUAAAUGUAUCGGUGGCGGAUCUGAAACCAAGGCGCUGCAUGCCAAGGGUGAACUUAGGGCAAUGCUGAACUAGAACUUCCAGCACUAACAACAUCAGUUUUACAACACCACAACGUCAACCUGUUUGGAGAAGUUUGGAGAAGUUUGAAAAUUCAGAGCCAAGUUAUAUCUUGUUAAUGUGUAAAUUGUCACUUCAGUUAAAAUAAUGUGAGAGAUGGUAGAUUUCUAUUCGGUAUUGACCCAGUGAAAUCCUAAUCAAUUUUACAGCAUAUUAUAUCGACAAUCAUGUGUUUUGUUAAAUUAUUCUCUUUGUAUUGUUUUCCAUUUGUACUACAUGUUAUCUUAUUUCGAUCUCAGAUAUUAUAACAUGAUCUGUGAUAUGUUAAAAUCUAUAACCAGAUAUUCUUUUUACAUUCAAAGAGACCAAUAAUUUGAGGGUUUUUUUUUUUUUACAAUUCAUAAGCAUUCUUUUCGAAAUAUUUCUAAUAUCCGCCUUUCCAUUUUACAGGGCGACCCACCCUUGUGGCUUUUCGGUACCGUUUCCCCGGGAAAAUUGCUCGAUUUAGAUAUUUUGCUUAUAAUGUCAUUAUUUCUCAAUGGAUGCUAAUAAUAAAAAAAAAAGAAAAGAAAAAAGGAUUACUUUCAUCGGCACUAAGCGUCUGCCACACAUUCUCAAUAAUUUUCUCAAACACUCACCCCAAAUGUAUUUCGAGACACUCAUUUUUAUGUCUUCGACAUUUUUUAUCUCAUUUAAAAUGAAAAUUACAAGCAAAAAUACCUGAAUGGAGCAAUUUAACUUGUGUGUACGGUACCGAAAACCCGCACACCACAAGCUCCCCCACGCCGUUUUGUUAUUAACACUUUUCAGGGACAAAAUAUAAAAAAAGUUUCAUAUAGAAAACGGGUAAUAUAAUCGUAGUUUUAAUUUGAUCUAUAAAAUUAGUAUUGUAGAAUUAAAUAAAUAUCAUUAAAUGUGUGAACUGAA